UCAGUUGUAACAAGCAGCAUUUUAAAUAUACUUCUCAGAAGCCUUUAAGCAUUACAUAACAUAUUUAUGAUGUUGGUAACGAAGUGACAUUACAAAUGGCUUCUGCUAGAGGAGCUAAUUCUGUAGCUGACGGUUAUACAAGAUUUAAUGAUGACGCUGAUAAUAUUGAAGGUUCAUACCAGUCUAACAACAUCAAACAUGAGGUUUCUCAAACCGCAGAUGAUUUUCCCAAUGAGAUAGGGAGCACGUCUAGCUUAAAUCGCGAUAUAUCAACUGAAAAUUCUGUCGAAUUGAGUGCACCAGGAGACACACACAUUGAUGCUGAUCAACACUGGGAAAUGAAUUAUCAUGAAGCAGCAAUAUUUCUUGAGGAAGGAGAAAACAAUGAAAAGUUUGAUUCACACCCACACAACUCUGAAGCAUUGCCUGCAUAUUUGUUGGUCCAUAACCAGUGGUAUUAUGGGCUUGAUUUGGCAACAUCGUUAAUAUUGCUCGCCCUUGCAUUCGUCGAAGAACCAGCACUUCCCCUAUUUAAACUUCCAGUUGGAGUACAUGGCAGCAUCGAGCUACUGGCUCUUUCAAUCAUUGGAGUGGAGCUAACUUUGAAACUGCGUUGGAUUGGUUGGAAAACAAUUUUGAAACAUAAACGAACUAUGAUUAAGUGCAUAACACUUGGCAUUAUGUUUGUGGAGGCUGUGACAGUGUUGGUACGGCAGUCAUCGCAUUUCCGCGUGACACGCGCUCUUCGUCCCAUAUUUUUGGUGGACACACGUCACUGCGGAGGCGUAAGACGUUUCAUACGACAAAUUUUCCAGUCUUUGCCGCCAAUUUUUGACAUGAUGGGAUUACUUCUAUUUUUCGUCACAAUCUACGCUGUUCUGGGUUAUUUCCUUUUCUCGGAUGAUCCCAGAGACCAGCACUUUACGACGCUACACGACAGUUUUGUCAGCAUGUUUGUUCUGCUCACAACAGCAAAUUUUCCUGAUGUUAUGAUGCCAUCGUAUGCAAGAUCCAAGUGGUUUUCCAUAUUCUUUGUUUCCUACCUCUGCACAGUGCUGUAUGUCCUCAUGAACUUGAUGCUAGCUGUAGUAUAUGAAACAUUUACAAGAAUUGAACGUGAUAAAUUCCGGAAACUUUUACUCCAUAAACGCAAGGCAUGUCAACAUGCUUUUAAAUUAUUGGUAUCUAAACAAAACCCAAGCAGAAUGCGUUUUAAGCAAUUUGAGGGUCUGAUGAGGUAUUAUGCACCUAAGAAAUCACCUCGUGAUGUGGUAUUGAUGUUCAAAGAGCUAAAUACUUCAGGCAGUGGCUCGCUCUCGUUAGAGGAGUUUUACUCUGUGUAUGAUGCCGCAAUGCUCAAGUGGGAAGCUCAGUUCUCACAGAUUCCUUGGUUUCACACCACAUGGGCCCCCCUGCAGACUUUCUGCCAGUUCACACAUGAUUUUGUUACCUGGAAAUAUUUUGAGUACAUUAUCUAUGGACUGAUCCUAUCAAAUGGCUUGACCAUGAUUUUUCGAAUUCUUGAAUUUAAUGAUGACUUGCAAGAAUCAGCAGUAGCGUUUAGUGCAUCGUGGGAUACAAUCCUCUUUGUUGGCUUGUUUGUUGUUGAAGCGGUCCUGAAAAUUCUUGGUCUUGGCGUUGGUCACUACUUCGGGUCUGGAUGGAACAUAUACGACUUUUCCGUGACACUGCUCUCUGCAGUUGGAGUGAUUAUUCUUUCCUUUAUACCGUCAUUUGUGUAUGUUGUGGUAUUCCGCCCUCUUCGACUACUGCGGCUAUUCAAGCUGAAGAAACGUUACAGGGACGUGUUUGGGACUCUAGUUCUUCUGACACCGCUUAUGUGUUCCACUGCAGUCGUCAUGCUUGUUCUGUACUACUUUUUUGCCAUCAUUGGCAUGGAGCUGUUUGCGGGCUAUGACAUGCGGAACUGUUGCGUGAACUCAACAGUGGAAGACUUUUACAAGUACAGCGCGAAUGGAAGUACGGCUCUUGGCUACUACUACCUGAACACUUUUGACAAUCUGUUGACUGGCGGCAUAACAUUAUUUGAGUUGACGAUUGUCAACAAUUGGUUCAUACUCAUGAACAGCUAUGCGUUAGUGGUGUCGUCUUGGAGUAGAGCAUAUUUUAUGCUCUUUUAUCUCUUUACUAUGAUUGUUUUAACAAUAGUGGUAGCAUCCGUACUUGAAGCAUUCCGAUUCCGGAUUCAGUACAAAAGACAGACAAGCAAACGUGAAGAGGAACAGAUGCUGCACGAGGAAGUGGAUCUCAAGUGGGAAGAAAUGCAAGUGUGGGUACAAGAUUUCCAGCUCCUGGAAAAAUUGAGAGCCAAUCUUGUUGUUGGGGGGACAGCGACCUUCAUUGGGUGCAGGCCGAGGAACCGUGAGGUGUUGCAAAGACGGAUGUAUAGAGCAGAGAUAGAGGAGUGGAUGAAAGAAGCUGAUCUAACCGACAAACAGGAACAUGGUAACGGAGGAAGGAGAGACAGUGAGGAUGAUCAUCUCAUCACCAGCCCUGAGCAGAUCAUUCUUAGGAGUGCUCUGACAGGCGAGGGAGAUUCAUAUCAGCGCACAGUAACUAUAAAUUGAUAAGUGUAAGAAUUUUAAAUAGGUCAUUUUAUGAAUGAUGCUGGAUAUGAAACAAUCCGAAGUAAGUCCUAAUAGCAUUUUUAUUUAAAUACGAAGGUUUUGGGAUUAUUUAGAGAGAAAUAUGAGGUACAAGGUUUUGUCAAAACUGCUACAUACACUAUAAGUCUCUGACGGAAGUUUUUACGUUGAUCCGAGUUAAGAUCUUACAUGCUUGCAGUUUACUUUAAUUCACGCUGCAGCAUGAUAAGGACCUGUGAAUGUUUUUAGCAUGCUGAUUUAGCCCUUAAUUUUUGAGGGGGAGCAAUAAUGAAUUCAGUUCUGAAAUCAGAACAGAUUUAAGACCACCCUUUUCUUGUGAGGGGGAACAAUAUUUAUAGUUCACAGCUUUCCUCAUGAAACUAAUGUUCUUGAAGAUAGUGUUGAUGUGAUUGCAUGAGAAAUUGCAGUCUAAAAGAAUUUUUAAUAAUUUUUGUGAUUGGAAUUUCCUUUGAUAUUGUGAUUUUUAAAUUUACAAAGACAUAUUCUAUAGGUUUUAUCAGUGAUGUAAUAUACAUGCCAUGAUCCAGUACUGUAGUGUGUAUACCUGUCAUAAAAAGACUGGUUCAGUUACACGGGGAGUUAUUAAUCAUUACAGUAAACUCCUGAUUAUCUGGUUUUACAGAUUAUCCGUGUAUGAUUCUGUGAAUGCCUUUUUCUUUGGGAGGGUCUACAGAAGAUGUGGUCGAACAAUGCCUUUCUUUUUUUCUUUGGGUACUUAAUGUUCAAUAUCUUUCGUUGGGAGUUGGAAAGUUUUUUCUAGUGGUCAUGGUGUGGAGAGAGGAGAUGUCACAAGUGUGCUUGGUUUCUUUUUCACACAUUAGGGUCUUGCAGUGAAUUUCAUUGUUUUGUUCUGUAUAUCAGAUAGGUUAAAAUUAGUAUUUAACACCUGUGGAUCUUAUAUUCGAUGCCUGAAAAUCGUAACAAAGUCGUACUGAAAGGAAAACAAAGGAUAGAGUUACUUGAAAAAUUUAAGAAUGUUGAAUUGUUGGCAGAAAGAUUAUGGGGUGAUGAUUGAGAGAUAUAUUCACUACUUCAGAACUCAUCAACAUAACAACUUUAUGGAAAGAUAUUAUGGUGUUGGAUGCUAUAUACUGCUUAUCUCAUGCAUGGUCUUCCAUGAAUUCAGUAACACUGGUUCCAUUGUGAAGGAAACUUGUUCCAGAUCUAGAAUAAGAUUAUUUGCAAGAUUUUCCUAAUGACAGAAUCAGAAAAUCUUAAAUUCUUGACGUGGUAUGUGCUACGAGAAGUUUUGAGAACGUGGGCGAAGAUAAAAUUGUAUAAUGGCUGCAGAGUGAUGCGUGUGAAAUGGGCUUCUGGCACAUGACGGACAGACAUUGUCAAUGUUGUUGCGAAACAGAAGGCAGAAUGAAGUUCCUACUGCUGUGAGUAGGAGACCAAUAAUUUACAAAAACAUGCAGUCAUUUCAGACUGUUUCAACAUAAACGUCAGUUAUGUAAAAGAAAAAGAGUAAUUUCUAAAUUUCUGUGAAUACUUCUUUGAAGGUGCUACAACCCUGUAUGGUUCUCAACCUGCACCGUGAUCCCAAUAGGUUCCUGUCCAGCACCUUUUUUUCCAUCCUUGUACCCUAAGGAUUCCGAGAUCUUUCUCUACACCAAUCAUCUGCCUUAAACUGGGUCACCUAGCCUUCCUUGUGCCUUUGGGCUUGGAAAAGGUUAGUUUCCUACAUGGAGAUACUUUGUUUUCUCUGGUUAGGUGUCCAAGCCACCUGAGCCUGUCCAAUUUGACAGUCUUCACUAUUUCAGGGGCUUUAUAUGUCAUACAGCUGUCAGUUGUACUUAAUUCGCUUAAUUCCUUCCUUUUCUCUUGUUGGCCCAUAAAUUCACCUUGAUACUGUCCUCUCAAAGAUUCUCAAUUUUUGCUCAUCCCACAUUCUGGGCCUUAGUUUGGCAGUUACACCAAAUGGUCUGAGUCCACAUUCGCUCCUCUGUAACUUCGCACGUCAAGCAAAUUUGAUUUGUGCCUUGCAUUGAUUACUAUAUGAUCAAUUUGAUUCAUAUUACUCCCAUCUGGUGGCUUCCAUGUUAUUUUAUGUAUUCUCUUGUGUGGAAAUUGUGUGCUUCCAAUAACAGUCAUGUCUAGGGAUUCUGCAUAAUUUAUGAGCCUCAAUCCAUUUUAACUGAUCUCGUGUAGAUUGUGCGUUCCAAUUACUGUUGCAGUUCCAUGUUCUUCCUUCUCUAUCCUUGCAUUGAUGUCUCUGAGGAGUAAUUUGACAUCACUAGCAGGGCAGCUUUCGUAAGCUCUUUCCAGGUGGUCAUAUAAUCCUUUUCACCCUCAAUUCUUUCUUUGGUUGGUGCAUGUGCACAUAUGAGGCUGUAGUUGUAGAAUUUUCCUUUUAUUAUUACCACACAUAUUCUUUCGUCAAUAGGUCGAAAAUCAGUUACCAUGUGCCUUACUCUCUUAUUUACUAUAAACCCUAUUCCAAAUUGGUGUAGCUUUUUGUGGUAACUAUAAUAUAUGUUUUAUUCUCCAUUAUAUUCUGUCCUAUCCACCUCGUCUUCUGUAGUGACCCCACUCAUAUGUCCAUUGUCUUGCUGAGACGUCAUAGUUGGUUUCAUCCAGCUUGAUUUUGUAACAGUAGUUUUUUGGGGGGUGGGGUCAUUCGCCCCACACCAACCCUCAACCUGAAGGACCAUGGUAUCACUCUUAGUCUGGCUUGGGUGGCCCUACCAGGAGCUUAAGCUCCCGUCGGCAUGACUCUCAGGGUCAUUUGAGCACUCUUUACUGGGCAAAAAUAAAUUUGCCUUCGACAAGGUGUUAGUACCUUCGGGAGGUCUAUGAAUACACGAAACAAAAUAUUUUGGAUCAUUCGUGUUUAUAAAAUAUUCAUACAUCUCCCCUUCAUUAGCCCAAAUAAUCUUGAGUUUACUGUAUGUAUUUUUAUAUAAUGGAAAGUUGUUCUAGAUUUGUCAUCUUGUUUGUUUCUAAAGUUACAUUUAAUAAUGAGGACGUUCCAAAACUAAAAACUUCAAUGAAUGUCAAGAUUAGGUGGCAAUUACACUACAAUACAUCAUUAAUCGCUCAGAAGAGUGACUUCAGCAUUUAUGGAACUGAUUUUGAUGUGCGAUUUUACAAAAAAUGAAAUUUUACCAUUCCAUAGUCAAUCCAGCGCUUUCAAAAUCUUUUGAUCUGGCUGCUAUCGGAUGCUUGUGCAAGUCUGACUUCUAUAAAAUUCUACUGAUAUCCUAUCAUAUAGCAUUUAAACAUGAGAAAGUGUUACGAAUAAUCCCAAAACCUCAGAAUCCAACGUAGCUGGUGGAAGAAAUUACAAUCAUAAUGGCAUAACUGUGGCAUUUUACUGGUAACAAAAGAUAAAUGGUUUAAUCUCAUAAUAGGAAACUGUUUUAACUUAUAUAAACGUAACGAAAUCCCAGAAUAGUGUUGGUAAUACUGAUAUUUUUUGUUAUAAAUUAAGUGUUAUUAACAGUAAGACGCUUAUAUUUUACCGUGCUUGCCGUAUAUUAAGAAUUCAGUCUUCAGAAUUUAUCCUAUGAUAUUAAUCCAAUUAUUUUUAUUGUAGCCUUGGGGUAAGGCACUGGACUGUUAUUCAUAUAGUUUUGGUUCAAUCCCAGGUCAGAUAUGUGUGUGGAUUUUUCUACUCUCAUACUGAAACCUUCACUUUUCUUAAAUCAAAAACCUUGGGUAACUGAAGAAUACCAGGCUGAAAUCAUGGUUUAGAGCCCACAUUAAACUCUGGGUCUGCUCUGCUGACUGUCAUCUUCAUAGUUUCCUUUUAACUUGGGUAACAGAAUCUCCGACCACAGAAAUGAAUUCUGGAUCUGCCUAAGCUUAGCAGAAGCCUUCAAAGAUUACAGACUGUGCAUAAUUUAUGUUAAUUUUAUCUAUAAUAUACUUGUUCUUGCUAGACCAAAGAUUAUGAUAUUACACGGCUUUAAUUUAACAAGGUGUCUUUAAAACCCAUGGUGAAAGAAUAAAUAACCAAGCAAAAAGCUAUUUUAAAGGGAUAAUAUAUUAAUUUAUAGAUCUUAUUUUUAUUAGUUUUUAGAAUAUGUUAUUAAUAUUGAUAAUUUAUAUUUUAUUGUUAUUUAUAAACAUAUUAGCUAAUGGAAAAGACAUCACACCAUUUUACUAUGAUUGUCUUUCAGUAGUCAUGAGAUGCGUACAGUACAUAUUAUUAUGUAUGGGCAGGAUACUUUAUUAAUACUUCUUAGCUUUGCCUAGUGAAGAGGCUACUCACAACAGAUCUGAAUU